UGUUUGUACGUUUGUAGUGGUGUUGAUGUUCUCUAUUGAAAAACAAGUUUUUUUAAAAAUUAGUUUUAUGGUAUUUCUCUUUUUUUUUCUUUUUUCUUUUAAAAGUGAAAAUCAACAGAAUUCACCACCAAUGAAAUAAUAGUCUUCCUUCAUGGAAUCUGAUCAUGAUCUGAUGUAAAAGAUCAUUCUUGGAAAAAGAUUAUCCAUUCACUGAUUCUCAUUACUUUAUCUUAUAUAAACUGAUAAUGAUAUUUCCACAAUUAUUUCAUAAAAGAUAAUCUAUACUAUUGAUUACUUCAAUGAAUAUCAAGAUCAUAUCAAGAACUGAAUUGUUGAAUUAAACUUUAAUUCAAACAAAACAUUGAAUACUGAAAGGAAUCUAGUGAAACAGAUCAUAUUCAAUUUAAAUACUUCAUUUAUACAUGACAGAACAAAUACCAUUUCAACGUACAUCCACCAUAAAACAUCGUAUUAGUAGAACUGGUUCAAUUGGACAAGAUCAUAAUAAUAAUAAUAAUACAACUGGUAAUAUGAUGAUAACUAGUGGAAUAAAUAAUAGUGGAAUACAACAUCAACAAUCCAGUAUAAGAAGACCAUCAAUUAUGCAAAAAUAUAUGGGUGAAAUUGAAUUUACUGGAUUAAAUCAAACAGCUAGAUUUUGUAAAUUAAAUAGUGAUACACCAGAUUCUGUAUUACGUGAUAUUCUUAAACGUAAAUGGGGUUUAAAACCACCUACAUUAAUUAUAACUGUAUUCGGGACAGAUUUUGAAAAGAAACGUAAAUUAAAAAUGAUCUUUAAAAAAGGUUUAUGGAAAGCAGCUGAAAGUGGUUGUUGGAUUGUAACAGGUGGUUUUCAUUUAGGAGUAAUGAAGUUAACUGGUGAAGCUGUACGUGAUUAUACAGAUGCAUAUGGUGGAAAUCGAAUGAUGGCAUUUGGUGUAGCAAGUUGGGAUUGUGUUACGAAAAAUGAAAUACUUGAAGCAGCUUUACAUGAGGGUACAGCAGUGUAUCAAUCUGAAGAAGAUGAAGAAGAAGAAGCUGAAGAUAGUGAACCAAUUUUAAUUGAUCCAUUAUCACAAAGCGGUUUAAAAUCUAUUCGUAGUGAUAUUGAAGAACGUGCCUUAGAUCCUAAUCAUAAUUUUUUUGUUUUAGUUGAUGAUGGAACAACUGAUCAAUUAAAAGGUAAAGAAGCUGAAUUACGUGCAAGAUUUGAAAGAUGUAUAUCAUUAUGGAAUUGUGCAAGUAGUCCACAAGAACAAACAACAACUGCUACAAGUCCUCAAAGUGGACCUAUAAGUUCUACAACACAUUUACAACAACAACAACAACAACAACAGCAACAACCUCAAAAUGGUAUUUCUACACCAUCUAACAUCAAUAAUAAUGUAAAUUCAGUAGGAUUACAAAGACAAGGUAGUACUAUGGGUGGACAAGUUAGUACAACAUCUGGUCCACAAACAAGUGCAACAUCAAUUGGUAAAAAUUCUGGUAUAACCGGUGGUUCUACUAGUAAUUCUGCUUUAAGUAAAGGUGCAAGUGAACCGAUAGUUAGUAAUCAACCUAUUUCAACUACAUCUGUUACACGUGGAGCAAAAGAUAAACUUACUACUGAAUCAAGUCUUAAACCAGCAAAAAGUGGAAAAUCAGUUGGUAGUGAAGAAGAAAUUUUAGUUCCAAUGUGUGGAUUAGUUGUAGGUGGUGAUCGAUUUACAUUACGUCAAGUUUAUUGUUCAAUGAUAAGAAAUCGUUGUCCAAUUGUUGUUACAAAGGGUACAUCUGGUGCAGCGGAUGUAUUAGCAUUUGGAUUAGAUGCUGCAAAUAAAAUGGCAUCUGAAGAAGUUGUUGAUGAUAAAGAUCAAGUACCAUUGGAGGCUAGGCUUGAAUCAAUCAUUGAAGAAUUUCUUGGUGAUUUACAUCCAGAUUAUACGAAUUAUACAGAUGAAGUGAAUAUGUUAUGUGAAAUAAUCAAUGACUAUACAAACUUAGUAUCAGUAUUUGAUAUGGAAGAAGAUUCUGAUUUGGAUGGAUAUGUAAUCUCUUCAUUGCUUGCCAGUGCUGGUACCACGGUUACAUCAGAUCAAAUUAAUUUAGAACAAUUAGAAAUUACUUUAACAUUAAAUCGUGCUGAUAUUGCACGUGAAAAAAUAUUUUUAGAAAAUAAAAAAUGGAAAAAAGGUCAAUUAAAUGAUUAUAUGUAUCAAGCAUUAAUGAGUGAUCGACAUGAUUUUGUUAAAUUAUUCUUAGAACAAGGUUUUAGUUUAGAAGAUUUUCUAACUAUUUAUAUGUUAGAAAAAUUAUAUACAGAUCAAUUAAAAAAUUUGAAUUCCAAAGUAGCAAUAUUCAAUAAAAUGUGGGAAUAUAAUCGAUCACAUCGAACAUCGAAAGUGGCAUUACGUGAUGUUGGCAAAGUGAUUAAAGCAUUAGUUGGUGAUUUUUAUCAUCCACUUUAUUUAAGUAAAGAAUUUCAAGCGAAAUUAAUGCCGGAAAAAAGGCUAGAAGGCGCUGGAACACGAGCAAUAAUUCGACGAGGAGCUACAAGUGUUGAACCAGCUGAAAAGAAUCAUGAUGAUGGUGAUGAUAAUGAUGAUGAUUACAAUGAUAAUGGUGAUGAUAGGGAAUAUAAUGGUGAUGAAUUAUAUGGAAAUAAUAUUGAUGGAUAUACAAUUAAUUCUAGAUUACCACGUAGUUCAACUACAAUGACAACAGUUAGUGGUGAACCAUUGAUUGCAUCAACUAUUUUACGUUCUAAUGAAAAAGGGAAUACAAUGGGUACAUCAACAAUGACACUUAUUGGAGGGAGUAGAUUACGAGAAGGAAAUAUUCCACAUCAAUAUCAUUCUAUAGAUCAAAUGAAUUCAUCACGUUCCCAUUCACGUAAUCCAAUGAUAACUAUAUAUGAUAAACAACAAAUCAAUGAUAUCACUGAGGAUAUAAAUAAUCAAUCUAAAAAAAGUAAAUAUUUAUCAGCGACUAGAAAUAAUGAUGGUAAUCGUAAUGGGCAUAGUAGUCGAAAUAAACAUGGUCGACGUUCAUCAUCUCAAACCAAUGAACAUGAUAUGUUGAUACCAGGUCAACCACUUAUAUAUAAUGCAACAGUGACUAAUGUUAGUCGGUCAGGCCAUGGUUCACGUGGUCCAUAUACAAGUCUUGGUCCAGGUCAUUUCCGUAUAGCUGGAAAAGCACCAUUGGCUUAUGAUACCACUUCUAUGGGAACAACAACUCCGAUUCAAUCACCGAAACCAGCUAUAAAUGAUACAUUACAAUUUUCAUUCGACAAUGAACAUGUACAACGUAAUUCUGUACUGAUUUCUCCAAUACAAAAUGAAAAAUCAAUUAAACCGGUACUUUUUGAAGAUGAAGCAAAUAAUAAACCAUCUAGAUCAUGUUUCAUGUCAUGUAUACAAAAAAUUUCAUCAUUCUGUAGUCGAUUAUUCAGAUGUAAUACUGAUUCAAAGAAAUCAAACAAAGGUUUAAAUGUUAGUCAAGAACCGUCUGGUAUUAAAGGGCCUAAAGAAUUUGCCACUCUUCGUGCAAUGGCUGCAUUAGCUGCAGCGACAGCAGCGACGGCUGUAGCAGAUCCAACAAAAACUUCUCCAGGAGAUGAAGAACAAACAAAAUCAAUUCAAUUGGAUCGUCCAGCUAGAGAACUAUUAAUUUGGUCUAUAUUAGUUGGUAAACUACGUAUGGCUGAAUUAUUUUGGACGAUGGAAAAAGAACCUAUCGCAGCUGCUCUAUUAGCUUCAAUUCUAUUGACAUCUUUAGGGAAUAAAACAGAUGAUUUUACUGAUAAAGAAGACUAUAGAAGCUUUGCAAAAAACUUUCAAGAACGUGCUGAAGGUGUCUUGAAUGAAUGUUAUCGUGAAGAUGAACAUAGAACACAAUUAAUUAUUAAUCAUGAAUUAAUUUAUUAUGGUCGUAGUUCAGUAAUUAAAUUAGCUGCUGAAGGUCAAAGUAUAAAAUUUAUGGCACAUCCAUGUUGUCAAGAUUUUCUUACAAAUACAUGGAGUGGUAAUUUAUCAACUAAGAAUAGUGUAUUUAGGUAUAUUAUGGGGGUUGUUUGUGGAUUGACAUUACCAUUUUUAAUACCAAAAGUUAUAUUAUCCAAGCCUAAAACAAUUCCAACCACAGAAGGAGAAGAAUCAAGUCCUACUUCGGAACAACAAGGAUCUACACAAAAUAAUCAUACUUUAAAAUAUGUUUUAACUGCAGAAGAUGCUGGUAAAAAAGGUGUUCGGAAAACAUUACAAGCUAGAACCGUGGAAUAUAUUUCACAAAUUCGUGACUUUUAUAUGGCACCAGUUGUUCGUUUUGUGUAUAAUACUAUUUCAUACAUCACAUUUCUCAUCUUAUUCAGUUAUUUAUUAUUAGUUGAUUUUCGAAUCAAUAUCACAGUUGUUGAAUAUGUUGUUAUUGCUUGGGUAAUUACAUUAUUUAUAGAAGAAAUUAAACAGAUUGCAUGGGCUGUAUUAUCUGGGAUCAGUUUUAGAACUUAUAUAUCUGAUGGAUGGAAUAAAUUAGAUUGUGCUGGUUUAGCAUUAUAUAUUGUUGGUUUUAUAUUAAGAUUAAUUGUAUUAUUACGAUUACGUAAUCAUGAAGGAGAGAAUUUUAAUAUACAAUAUGAACGUUAUUAUAUUGUGACAGAUCCGAUAUUAGAUCCAUCACGUAUAUGUCUUGCAAUUAGUUUAUUCACAUUCUAUAUACGUUUAAUGUAUACAUUUAGUUUUCAUAUUGCAUUAGGACCAAAAUUAAUUAUGAUUGGUAAAAUGGUGACCAAUGAUUUAAUUCCAUUUAUGAUUAUUUUAACUGUGAUUAUGGUUGGUUAUGCAGUGGCUGCACAAUCAAUCGCCUAUCCAAAUGGUUUAUUUACCAAAGAGAAUAUGACAUUACAUUCUGAAAUUAAACAUAUGACAUUUGCUGAUAUUAUAUUCUCAAUGUAUACAACUGCAUAUUUUCAAAUGUUUGGUGAUUUUAGUUUAGAUGCAUUACAAGGAGAAGAUCGAACAUGUCAAAAUCAUAUGUGCCCUACGAAAACAUCACGUUGGCUUGUACCUAUUAUGCUUGGAUUCUAUGUGUUAUUAACUAAUAUACUGAUGUUCAACUUACUUAUUGCCAUGUUUUCUAAAACCUACGAAGAAAUAGAGAGUGCAUCAACAUACUAUUGGAAUUAUCAAAGAUAUCAAAUGAUCAAUGAUUAUGUUCAUAGAUCACCACUUGCUCCACCAAUUAUUAUUGUUUGGCAUUUCUAUGAAGCAUAUAAAGCUAUUGGAAAUCAAUGCGCAAGUUUAAGAAAUGCUGAAACAGCAAAAUAUAAUCCAUUUUGUGUACGAUUUACCGAUGUGAAAAAAGAAAGAGAAAUGGUCAAAUGGGAGCAUAUGAAAGCUAUGGAUUAUUUAAGAGAACCAUCAACCAAAGCAACUGGGAAAAGAGGUGUAGCUGAAUCACGUGCUGUGGUAUUUCGUGGUGGUGGAGGUGUUGGUCCUGGUCAAGGACCAGUAAUGGAUUUAAAAAGUGAAAUGUCCAGUGUUACAGAGGGUAUUGGAAUGGAGUUAGAAAAACGUUUCAAAGAGAUUGAUAAUCAAUUUCAACGUUUUAAUGAUGUUGAUUCACGUUUGAAUGAUGUAACACAAUUAUUAACAAAUUUAUCUGAAGUAAUCAGUAAUGUGACUGAAACACAACAACGAAUUAUUCGACAAAUAAAUGAACUUCCUACUUGUCAAUGUAAUGAAUUCACUGAUGAGGUUGUUCCUGUACAAAAAUCCACUACAACUCAAGCUGAUUCAGGAACAGCAGAAACUAGAAAACGUACAAAACUAGAAGUAGCUAUUCAAUCUGCAUUAGAAGCAGCUAAAGAUGUACUACGACCACCAACACCACCACCACCACCGCCACCACCUCCUCCACCCCCAAGGGAAUCACCUGUUCUAUUAGCUGCUGUUGUUCCUGGAUCCGAAGAUGAUUCAAGUGGUUCAGAAGAAGGUGGUGAUCCUUCAGCUGAUCCAGUCAUAGUACCUCAAGUUCCAGAUAUUAAAACUGGAAGAGUUAUCGAAAGAACAUUAGGUGAUCAUCGAUUAUGGAGAAUGGCUCCAUUUAAUUUUGAAAAAUAUCCUGGAAUGAGAAUGAAUGUACCACCGGAACGAAUGGCAUGGACUGUGGAAUAUCCAGAUUACUUUGCAUAUGAUGCUUGUGAAGAAGUUUUAUUAUUCCCAUCAGAAGAAUCACAUGACGGUGUUAAUUUUACCCAUGGAAACAUCGUAUUUACUUUUCAACAUAGUGAAAAUCUACGUACAAUCAAUUUUAAUCAAUAUGAUUCUAAAGCUAAAUUACGUAGACAAAGUUUACUUGGUCGUUAUCGUUUAGAUUCAACAACAGGUGCACCAUUAAAUCCAAUGGGUAGAACAGGUUUAUUAGGUAAAGGAUUAUUACCACGUUGGGGUCCAAAUCAUUCAUUUGUAUUAUGUAUUACAAGAUGGACAAGAGAUACACGUACUGGUGUACAAGUAAUAAGAAGUAAUCGUGGUGUAUUACAAUAUUUGGCAUUAGAACGUAAUAAGAGAUUAUGUAUGCCAUGGUAUUUAACAGAUCAUACAAACAAAUGUGAUUUUGAUGAAUGUGUACCAAAGAUUAUAAGCAGUUUAGUGACUCGUCGAGGACGUGCUAUACUUCCAGAGAAAAGAGUUGAAAGAUUAUUGAAACGUAUUGAAAAGGCUGAAGUUACACAGAUUUUCAAAGGUUACUUAGAUGAUCAGUUAAAUGCGGAUAGUGCAUGGAUGGAAACUGUUGUGAUUAAUUUACAUGAAUCGGAGAGUAAAGGAGCUCAACUACCAGAUGACAUAUUAAAGUUACUCAAUGAACCUGGUACAGAAGAACAAUGUAAAUGGGUUGAAGUAUCACAUAGUAGUAAUCUACGUACAAGUCAUAAUUAUAUACUUAAGAAUGUUGCAGAACUUCGUAGAGCAUUCUAUUAAUUCAAAAUACUUCAAAGAUAAUGAACUCAUUCAUCUUACCUAUUUAUUAUAUUAAACACAAAUGAAAAUGUUGACUACAUUCUCAAAAUUUACAAUCAGUAUUCAAUUCAUUUAAUGAAUAACUCAAUCAACUUUAUGAACUUUUUAAAAAAAAGUACAAAACGAUGGUCUCCAUUUGUUUGUUUAUUUCGUUUUCCUGGAAUUUCCAUGAUCUAAUCAAGUUUACUAUUGUCCAUUUUAUAAAGAGAAAUGUAUUAUUUCUUUGAUGUUUUGGCC